UGCAUCGGUCCCUUUCCCUGGUAAUCCAUCCGGCUUGUGCCUCUGUGCAUUGCUGUACUUUUGCAAUUUGAUGAAUUCCCAAUGGAUGGGAGAACACAUCACAUUUUAAAGCAGUAACUAGGGACUCUUUGGACUUACCGUCAGUGGGAGCUUCACAUCAGAGCCUCUGGUUCAAAAGUGGUGGAACUCAGCUCCACGACACUUGUGGAACAAAUUAUGAAGUCCCAACAAGGCAAGCCAACUAUGCUGCUGUCCAUCGCUCUCUGCCUCAGCCUGGCCCCUAUGUGUUUCGGAGCUGCAAUUUCUGUUUCAUGUAAUUCCAUCUACAAGAGUUUUGCUCAGUGUUUACUCACACUUGGAGACAGUUUGGUCGAAACACAAAAGGACCAGAGCACACAGGACAUUGAUGCAAUCUGCAGGUCCUGGAAUGCUUUCCAUGUUUGUGCCAACUCAGCCUUGGUCGGCUGCCCUGGAGAUGCAGCAGCCGUCUGGGAGUCUUUAAGACAAGAGUCCAGGAAGACGCAGUUCUCUGGAAACCUCUAUGACAUGUGUGCCAGCCGCACCACCUUCCCACCAAGCACUGUGCCUACACCCCAGAGUCCUCCCACCUCCGACCAGACCAACAAGGAAACACUGAAAGGGCAAACAAACCAGCACAGUCUCACCUUCAGCACACUGAUGUUCCCUGUAUGCAGCACGUUACUACUGCUGCUCGGGAGUUAGUUAACCCAUCUAAGUCUUUUAAUUAGACAGGUUGUCAGUGUCCUCCUCCCCCCAUAUGAUCCAAACACAUGAGGGAAAACACUAUUCACGCUCAAUCAGGCUCAUUAUGAGUACCUAUUGGUCCUAAAAUAAGGAGAUAAAUAAUUGAUCAAAAUGAAACAUUUGGUUCAGUGUUUCUUACCAAGAGAAUUUAGGCAUUAAAUAACUAAUGUUAAGAUUAUCACAUACCUUGCAAGUUUAACUUUCAUAUUUAAACAAAGCACACUGGUAGCUGUCAACUAAACUGUGUGGAUGAUUUAUUGUGGUUCAAUUCACAGUUUGUGCUUUUGGUUGGUCUUAUUUUAUAGGUUGGAGUAAGAAACAGUUAAUGUAGGGAAAGAAGCAAAAGACAACUCACUGAGAUCACUUAGCUAAAAGAUCUCAGAAUCUCAGAAAAUGUAAGCAAACAGUUGUUGUAAACACUUUUAUUUAUCACUACUGUGUCCGUAAUAUUGUUUUUCAGGACAAAAGAGAUUUUAACGGAUGCCAGGUGUUCAGAUGAGCUUGUGAUCCAAUCAGGUGUGAUCCAGAGUAGAUCAUUCUUACAGGGUGUAAAUCUGUGUUUGUGUGCAGUUUAAUUUAUCACCUUGUUUGACCAGUUUAAUAUCAGAAGAUUUUAAAUAAGAUUUCUGUGUGGGAGCAUCACACAACUGCAUUGCAAAUAGUAUGUGCAUUAUGUUGCAAAAUGACAUCACUUGCUUACACUGUCAUUUUAUUGGCCCCCUUUCAGUGGUUUUCCGUUGUUUCUUUAAUAUAUUGCUUUUUCUUUUCUGAGCUGUUAUGUGAAGUAACGUUUCACUUCAAUCAGUUUAAUAACUUUAUGCAUCCCCUGUUUGGCAAUUAAAAUGAUACGUAACAGAGCACACACAAUAAAACACAUAGGAAUAACACAAAAUAAUGAAAAAGUACAAGUACAAGGGCAUCCUGUUAAAGAGGGAGAAAUUGUUCUCCAAGUUCCAUCCUUAUAACAAUAACAGUUGCUGUAAUGUUAUUUAAUGUUGUACAACUUUUAUUUGAUAAUGAGCUGUUAUGAAAUCACGCGUUGUAUUUUAUUAACUGUUUUUCACAUUACCAAUGUAUUUACUGUAUUAUA